ACAAUCUUAUACACUUGUAGAACAACAUUUAAAAAUACCAAUAAGUUAAUUUCAACAGUACUAUUAUCAGCUAAAUCUUCAAAUAACUGUUAUAAUAAUAGUCCAUUACCUCAAUUAGCUAAAUCUUUAAUCAAAUAUGAUAAUAAUGAGAGCAAUGAUUAUGAGAAUAGCAUCGAUCUUGAUAAUAAUAUUGUUAUAUCUGAAGAGAAAGAGAAGGAUCAAGCAAUCAAGAAGAGAAAAGUCAAAGCGUUCAAGAGGAAGAUGAUUGAA